AUGGAAGCGAAACGGAAGAGUCACAACCAAGUGCCAGGCCACCGGCGGCCCGGCGUGGUCCUUUUAAAGAUCAAAAGGAGCUGUAACGCCCAGGAGGGAGACUAUCAUGGCGAAUGCAUGGGCUGCAAGAAAUCCUUGGGCAGGACGUGGCGGCUCCCAUGUCUGCGUCUCAAGAUCGGCGAUGUGGAGCUCUCAAAACCAUGCCAAGUCAAGGGUCAUGAAUGGACGCUCCGUUGGAAAGAAAAUUCAGUCCUGAAUGAUAUUGGUGGUUGGGCUUCAUCUGAAGUCAGAGUCAUCAGGCUCACUGAAGGCUAUACUGAUGAUUUUGUGGAGUUCCGAGUGCGAGAAUUUAUACCCAAGGCAGGGGAUAGCCUGAGGCGCUCAUGGAUGACGCCUACGGGGGAAGUGCGAUCUGUCGACAUUCCGGCCUACGCCAUCGUUGAUACCGACACCAUCGUGCCUCAGUACAAGGCGUAUAUUAAAAAAGGCUUGACGAAAUGCUGCCACCGCGUACUAGAUGAGCACAAGGGAAAGCUUAUCUGGUGGACAUAUAGUGAUGCACUGAGACUGUCACGGUUGCCUUCACCUCUGUCAGUUGAAGAACGGAAAGUGCUUUCGGACACGCUGGAGCUGUGGAUGGCAGUUCGGCUGACAACGAGGUCCUUCGAAAUUGUCGGCCCAGAGACGCUCGGGAUGCCGCCCAACAUUUUCGAUGAAACGAAUCCGUCUUGCGGGAAAAUACCCAUCCCACCUGUUAUGGGGGCCCAGCUUGACUCCAGCCUGAUUCACGAGAUCCAAUUCCGGUCUCGCCGAACGGCCCUAGAAGGGCUGCACAAACUCAUAACUGAGAACAAGGCCAAAAGCUGGCUUACCACAUAUCUCAUCAUCUUCAUCCUCCUCCAUAACACGGCGCUUCUGAUGAAGCACGACGCCAGCUAUGCCAGGAAGCACGGAAUGAAUGAUCUGCGGGAUUCCAACGCUUACGAAGACGACUUUUACUUUGUCAGUCAACUUUACGAGGUCAACUGGCAGCCUCGCAGUAUGGCCAUUUGA